AUGGAUAAGAUGGUGUGUUACGGAGCUCAAUUAUCGGUUCUUAUAAAUGGAACUGCAUUAGAAAGAAUUAAAACUUAUGAGGGCAUCAUACAGGGUGAUCCGUUGUCAUCUUUUCUUUUUCUGUUAGUGGUGGAAGUGCUGUCAAUUUUGCUGAACGGAGUUGUGAAUAAUGGGAGAUUAAGUGGCUUUCAAGUGGCUAAAAAUGACACUAUUGUUUCUCACUUGCAGUUUGCAGAUGGAACAAUUAUCUUGAUGAAUGCUACGAGAAGUGAGGUUAGAAGGCUUCAUGUGUUAUUAAUGGUGUUUGAAGUGCUAACAGGCUUAAAGCAAAACUUGGAUAAGAGUUCUAUGAUAAACAUAGGGGCAGAUAAUGUAAUUCAAGAGUUAGCUGCUGAGUUGGGUUGUAAGGUUGAGAAACUUCCGAUAACUUAA